CGUUAGGGUAGAGGGGGUGUAGCUCUGUUAGUUCAUGUUCUGAAGCCUCUCUCCACAACAAACAGUUAUUUCUGCUGCUGAAGAUGGAGGGAUACAGAAGUUUUUUGUUUUUUCUUGUGUCCUCGCUGUUGUUUGGUUUUUUGGGAGUUAUUUUUGUCCUGGUCUGGGUUUUGCACUGGAGAGAAGGCCUCGCCUGGAAUGGAGGGGCUGCUGAGUUUAACUGGCACCCUGUCUUAGUAAUUACAGGAUUCGUGUUUAUUGAAGGAAUUGCUAUUAUAGUGUACAGGUUGCCAUGGACCUGGAAAUGCAGCAAGCUGUUAAUGAAAUAUAUACACGCCGGCCUUCAUCUCGUAGCCAUUGUUCUUGUGAUCGUGGCUUUGGUUGCUGUGUUUGAUUUUCACAAUUCUUUCAAAAUCCCAAACAUGUACAGCUUGCACAGCUGGGUUGGCUUGACGGUUGUCAUUCUUUUUUCUUUACAGCUGGUUAUAAGCCUUUUCGUCUUCCUCCUGCCCAUUGCGUCGGAUUCUCUCAGAGCCGCUCUGAUGCCAAUUCAUGUGUACAUGGGUCUUCUCCUCUACGGGUCUAUUAUUGCAACCUGUCUUAUGGGAAUCACCGAGAAACUAAUCUUUGCGGUGAAAGAGCCACCGUACAGUAAGUUACCUCCAGAAGCCAUCUUUGUAAACACCCUGGGCCUUCUUAUUGUGGUUUUCGGUGGUUUGGUGAUUUGGAUUACCACUCGACCUGCAUGGAAGCGUCCUCCAAGCUAUGACGUCAAAGUCCCACACCCCAAUGGUGGUAAUCCUACUGACACAGAGGACAACACUACCGUCACGGAUCACAAACCUGACCUGGAACUGAACAGCGACGCUGCCAGGAAACGAAAUCUGAAACUCGAUGAAGCAGGUCAAAGGUCAACAAUGUAAAAAAGAUUUUGAAGUCUAACACAACGGACCUGUGUCAUUUUUAAGACAACCUUUAUUUUACCAAAGCGCUCUGCAGACGAAAAAGGGACAACUCUAUUAACGUUUUGAUUUUUGUGAAUUACAUCUUUUGGAACAAUACAGCUCAAUGUUGUAUCAAUCUAAUUAUUGUGACUAUAUCCAGAACCUGCAUUACCAGAUUCCAGAAACACCCAUGACUUGAGCCCGAAGGACAACUUAUUGACCUCUACCCUAACAGAGCAGUGAGGAUUGGUCAUGAUAGAUCCCCACCUUUUUAUAUUAUGACCUCUCUACCCGUGAAAAGCAUGCUGUCGAAACUCAUUUAAAGCAUGACCAGAUAAUCAGUUCCACCAUACCACCUAAGUAAUAAAGGGGUGCUCAUUAAAGGUCUGAUCCCCAGUACCUCCUACCAACAACCACUGGGGGGGGACAACACACCCACUCCCUUAGCAGCCUGGCAGAGAAUUAUGUUACAGAUCUUUCUUUUUAUAAUAUGUCUCUGGAGAAGCAGUUGUUAUAUGUAAAAAUUAAAAUACUCUAUUAUCCUCGUGUCUCUCUUCCAUCUGCAAAGAUACGCCCAAAGCAACGCCUAUGCAUCUGACCCAUCCUGAGUGAUCUAUACAUUUUCUGUCAUCUUGCUGUUUGUGUUUUGAUGCCUAGAAGAUGCAAUGAUGUAGGACAUACCGGGUACCAUAUAUCGGCUGGGGUGCAGGACAGUGAAGGACCAGGGGAUAGGUUUUAUUCCAUACACAGCACAGAAAUGGGAGAGGAUAUGAGUGGUGGCAUGGGGCACCAAAUUACCCCACCUAUAGAUAUGCCCUAAAAAUAUCCAGGACUUGCUGAGCAUGGUAGAAAGUGAAGAUUACAGCAACAACUGUGCCAAGAUUCAGCAUUACUAUUCCUACAGCUGCGGAUGGGACUGAUUUAGAAAAAAAAUUGAAUAGAUGAUCAAGCAUUCCUACGAUUUGCUGAAUAGAACACAUUCCAAUACAAAUACAACCAAUUCCGUUGUCAAGAUGGAAGUGCCGUCAUUAACACUAACACUGUCCAGUGUUGUGAAGACAAUAUUUGCUUUUAUUUUUUUAAAUUAAAGUUUUUAAUUGAAAUGUUUUCAAU